AUGGCCAAGGUUCUGCCCGACACCAUCCGAGCCCGUCGAAGAGCCAUGGCCGACAACAGCGCCCUCUUGGAUGGCGAGGAAUCGCAGCCUCCGCCUCCUGGGAUCGCCCGAACCCCGUCCGUGUUUUUGCGAAUGCAACCCGAUACCCGCCAAGAGAUUGGCGGCCUGUUGAAGGAGCUCUACUCCAGUCCCACAAAGGCGCUCCUGAUAUUUGCCCCGGCUGGCAUCAUCGCCGGCCUGCUGCAGCAACCAGCCGUCACCGUGUUUUUGCUCAACUUGAUGGCCCUGGUGCCUCUUCCCGGGCUGAUUCUCUACUCUGUCCUCGUCGCCACGGGCGAUUCCGCCCUCCUGGGGGGGUUGCUCGGGGCGGUAUUGGGCAAUGCCACUGAGAUUGCGCUCGGCAUCUGCGCCCUCUUCCUGAAUGAGACUCGCAUUGCCCAGGGAAUCAUGAUAGGCAGUAUCCUGACAUAUUGCUUAUUUGUCCUCGGAGGCAGCUUCCUCGUCGCCAGCUACGGCAAGAAAGAAAAGACAUUCAGCAAGGCCCGAACAUCCAUCAUGUCGUCCCUCGUCAUGAGCGCAUCCAUCUGCCUUGCCAUCCCGACAGUCAUGGCCUUGGCCGGCCAGGAGAACAAGGCUCGCAGUCAUUCCCUACCAGACCACCAUCUCUUCCUCUCUCGCGCCACGUCCGUCGUCCAAAUGCUUCUAUUCCUGGCAUAUCUGGUGUUUCGCUUCCAAACCCACCGCAGAAUAUUUCCGCGUAAUUCCGGCAGUCCCCGUGAGGCUUCAGGGACCAGCCGCAGCUGCAGCAGCCGUGCUCACCUCCUUCGUACGAGCCUAGCGGCGCUCUUCUGCACAUUCGCAUCGUCCUACUAUCUUGUCUCCAGGUUAUCGGUUGCGUCCAAGACGUUGGCUAUUCCAGAGUCCUUUGCUGCGAUGGUCGUGUUGCCACAAGCAGGCAGUUUGACGAAAGCUGUGACAAUAGCACGGCACACGAGGUCGGAUGCCAGUCCGCUGCCUGAACAGAUAAGCAGGCUGGACUUUGCUAUCCGUUCCAUCAUGACCAACGUGUUCGACACGGAGCUAUUCAUCUUGCCUAUGCUUGUGAUGCUGGGGUGGGCCGUGGGCGUGCCCAUGAGGCUCAGUUUCGGAUUGUUUGAAACCGUAAUUUUCCUGUUGGCCAUUUUGAUCAUGACGUACCUGGUCCAGCAUGGGAAGACGACGUACUUUGAAGGAAUUAUGCUCAUGGGAACAUACCUAACCAUUGCUACGGCUUUAUACCUUCGACCCGAAGGCGCCAGCAGUCCUUCUUCUGGCAUGACGACUCCAUGA